AUGCGCCGAGUCCCAUACCCCGUGGCUAUCAUCACGGCCACCGAUCCCUCCGGCCCGCCCGACACAAGCGCAUUCCGCGGAAUGACUGUCUCAUCCUUCAAUACUGUCACACUCUCUCCGCAGCCUGUGAUCUCAUUCAACGUGCGGCGACCCUCGGAGACAUUAAACGCCCUGCUCGCCUCACGACGGUUCUUGGUGCAUUUGCUAUCCCCGGGCCCCGCGACGGCGACACUAGCUCGGGACUUUUCAAAGGGGAAUACAACUCUCGCAUCCAUGCUGGGCGGCCAUGGAGAGUUUGAGUUUGAGGGGUUGGCUGCUGAUCCCGAGACGGGGAGUGAAUCGGAACGACCGCUGCCCAUUCUUCGGCGAAGACAUGCUACAAAAACAAGUGUUGACUUCCCCUUCGUGUUUGAGUGCGCCCUCCACCCGCACCAGAUCGAUAUUCAUGAUCAUUCGAUUAUUCUAGGGACUGUUAUCCGCACGAUUCAGAGCGUUGAUACCGCACUGGCAUCCACCGAGGAGGGCGAUUCGGAAGACCUACCAGACCGGCUAUGUUUGACGUAUGCGAACACCCGGUUUUGGAAGAUGGGCACUCAGAUUUGA